UCUUACUGGUGGAUAUUUCAAACUCACGAUGUGAUCAACUAUUGCAUUCUUUCGAAAGAAGGGCAGAGACAAUCUAGGAAACAGGGUUUACGUAAAACACCAUUAUUAAACAACCGAUGGUUAAGACAGCUUUUGAGGCUAUGUGUGAUUUUGAAACGUGUCCAUUUCCAGUCUUAUAAAAUGGCUACGGGGAAAAGCAAUAUGGAUAAACGUUGUGUAAUGUAGUCCUUACACAACAGUUGAACGAGAAAUAGUCAAUUUAUCAAAGCUUACAGAAAGAGCAACGUGGAUCCGAAUAACAUUUAAUUUUUAUUUUUUAGUUUGGCGAUUCGCUAUAGAUUUCUGCUGUGUGUCUGGAGGACGAGAUGGGAGGCCAGCUGUCUGUCGAAAGCCAUGUCCACGUCGUCAUCGUUGGCGGCGGUUUUGGAGGCAUUGCAGCCGGACAGCAACUCAAAUCUAAGGGCAUCCCCUUCACCCUCAUCGCCCUUUGCAAUGCUUUUCACCACAACGUUGCUGCGCUGCGGGCUUCCGUCCAGAGCGGCUUCGCCCAGCAGACAUUCAUUCCAUACCAGGAGACGUUUGGGGCGAGCUUCAAGCAGGGCCGGGUGGUGCGGGUAGACCCGGCAGCACAGCUGGUGGUGCUGGAAGGAGGAGAGGAAGUGCACUACUCCCACCUCAUCCUUUGCACUGGCACAGGCGGACCCUUCCCCGGGAAGUUCAACGAUGUGGCCGACUACCAGGAGGCCAUAGAGAAGUAUGAGGAGAUCGUGAAGGAGAUCCAGGCAGCUGGUUCAGUGCUCGUGGUUGGAGGUGGAUCCACGGGGGUGGAGAUGGCAGCUGAAAUCAAGACAGAUUAUCCUGAGAAAAAGGUGGUUCUGGUCCACUCCCACAUCGCCCUGGCAGAUGUGGAGCUGCUGCCCAGCGUCAGGCAGCAAGCCAAGGAGGUGUUGCUGGAGAAGGGGGUGGAGCUGUUGCUAGGGCAGAAGGUGUCUAACCUCUCUAAGCUGGAGUGCAAUGUGACCCGGAAGGACAUGAGGAUCGUGACAGAUAAGGGCACAGAGGUCAUAACCGACCUUGUCAUCUGCUGCACGGGGAACAAGAUCAACUCUGGUGCCUACAGCUCUGGUCUGGGAGGUUGCCUGGCGGAGAACGGCUCCCUGAGGGUGAAUGAGCACCUGCAGGUGCAAGGCUUUGAGAACAUUUACGCCGUGGGGGACUGCGCUGACGUCAACGAGCCCAAGAUGGCGUACCACGCGGGGCUGCACGCCACCGUGGCCGUCACCAACAUAAUCAACAGCCUCACGGGCAAGCCGCUGACAUCCUACAAGACAGGGAGCGUGACCAUGCUGCUGGCAAUGGGGCGCAACGACGGGGUGGGCCAGUUCAACGGCCUGAGGCUGCCCCGCUGCCUGGUUACGCAGGGCAAGAGCAAGAGCCUGCUGCUCUGGAAGAGCUGGAGGGAGAUGGGCCAGACGGCCCCCUGACCAUGCCACGGCGACCGCACACUGGCCCUGAACCACUCUGCCUAACCGUCCAACGACCACACAAGCUGUCCUGCCUGACCCUCUUGAAGUGAAUGAAGACUUGGUUGCACUUUCUGUUGUUGGGGCCUGUUCUGGUGACAGAAAAGCUGUCGUGCCUUUUCUUAAUAUGCCAAUAUUAUAGAUUGCAAUUUAUUGGUGCUUAAUGUAUCAUGCAUAUUUGUAAUGGUGUACAUUUACACUGCAUUGAAUAUUCCCAGGAUAUUGCCUGGAUUCUUUUGUAUUUAAAGUCUUUCAAUUUAAAUAAAAUAAA